AUGUUUAUUUCUACUCCUUACUUUCAUUUCGUUUCAGUCCCACUACGUGCAAGUUUCAUUGAUAUUCAUCCGAAUGCAAAAUGGGCACAGAAUGGUAUCACUGUUGCUGGAGGAAAUGGAUCGGGCAGGGAAACCAAUCAACUUUAUAACCCAUGGGGUUUGUACGUCGACGAUGAUCAAACGAUUUAUGUCACUGAUGAGCAGAAUGAUCGUAUUGUGGAAUGGAAUUCUGGUGCAACGAAUGGAAAAGUAGUUGCUGGUGGAAAUGGACAAGGACAUGAAGCUCAUCAGUUAAAUCACCCAUUAGAUGUGAUUAUCGACAAAGAGAGCGAUAGUCUCAUCAUCAGCGAUAGAUGGAAUAGAAGAGUAGUUCGAUGGCCUCGUCGAAAUGGUACUCGUGGAGAAACAAUUAUUUCAAAUAUCUCUUUCGGAGGUUUGACAAUGGACGACAAUGGUUCUCUCUAUGGCCGUGACUACGAAAAACAUGAAGUGAGACGAUAUAAAAUUGGUGACACUCAAGGAAUAGUAGUUGCAGGUGGUAAUGGACAAGGAAAUCGUCUCGAUCAACUCUCUAAGCCCACCUACGUAUUUGUCGAUCGAGAUCAUUCAGUUUAUGUGUCUGAUUAUAAAAAUCAUCGUGUAAUGAAAUGGGAAGGAGGUGCAAAACAAGGUAUUGUCGUAGCCGGUGGUCAAGGAAAUGGAAAUAGUCUUACACAAUUGAAUUAUCCUUAUGGAGUCGUUGUCGAUCAAUUGGGUACUGUCUAUGUGGCUGAUUUUGGGAAUCAUCGAAUCAUGCGUUGGCCAAAAGGAGCCAAACAAGGAAGUGUCAUUAUUGGUGGAAACGGUAGAGGAGCACAGUCGAAUCAACUCGAUCGUCCCAUAGGUUUAUCAUUCGAUCGACAUGGUAAUCUCUAUGUCGUCGAUAGGGGCAAUCAUCGAGUACAAAAAUUUAAUAUCGAAUGAAAUUCAAUACGAUGAUGAAUUUUAUUUUUUUGUUCUCUUUCUCUUUCAAAUAAAUCGUGAUUGGAUGAAAAAAAUGAUUUCAUAGCUAUUCUAUUCUCUUCGCGCGCGCGCGACCAGGAACCAUCCUGGUGGAGCCGUGGCGAGCGUAAAGCUCAUGCACGCGCGGGAAGACCCACAUCAUUCACAUGCAUCCAUCCGAUGUCAUAUGUCAGUGAGUCUGGGGGGCCCGAUCGUGUGCCACGGACACCAAGACAGUUCCUGGCCAGG